AUGAACUUCUGGGACCGACAAUCAUCCUCAGUCCACUUCGAGACAUGCAACGGGCAUCUCGAGCCGGUGUUCAGCUCACCGUCCACACCGAGAGAAACACCUCCACACCUCGGUGCGCUGAGUGAUCCUGAUAGGUACCUUACACCCAAUAUGAACAAAGUCGCGUCGAUCGACAGGAUUCUCCCGAUGAGAGAGUGUAGAAAGUUGAAUUGUCAUCGGAUGCUCCCUCAACUCAAUCUACUCCGUCUCGACCUCGGUAUUACUCCUUUGGCCCCGGCCCUAGGCCACAAGGCGCACUUAGAGUGGAUGUUUUGGCUUGUGGAUUCCGCACACUCGUUUACUGCGUCUGCUGUCUUAACACGUCAUAAGUCUCUUUCCGGUAGUGCCGCGGUGGCAGUGUACCUUGUCUCCCGGUGUUGGCCUGAUAGUGGAGACUGCGUCAAGAUAGAGACAAAGUCGUGCAUAUGGGUUGUGGCGGUCUACCUUAUUAGUUGCUUUAAACGAUCAACGGUCUCCCCCACCGAAGACAUGGAAAUAAGGAACGAGGUGAGCGGCUCACGACAGCCACUCGUUUUCACUAUGCUGUGCGCACUUGCUUCUUUCUCUUCUCUCUCCGAAAAGUCUCUCAUCCCAGUGCCGAGACCUAGUGCGCUGCGUACCCAUGUUGACAUGCAAAAGACAGGCCAAAACGACGUUGGUAACGGCAGGGGCAUGUUUUCUCGCUUCUCUGAAGUUCUGUGCAUUUUUCGGUUCGGUCCAUCAGGGGUUCACGUACCCCCGGGCUGGGAGUCCUCCUGUCCACAGGCGACGGAGUACAUGUCCACAGAACAUGACAAGUUGAGGCCUUUUUCUGCCCUCUCGUUAAUCGUGCCCACUUCACAAGUGCACCUGACGGAAGCCCUAGGUGCUUUGGCAUGGGUUCAUUCCUUCCUUCGUCGCACCUUACUACUGGACGCAGGAUCUCGUGGAAGGGGUCACUGGGUGGCCGUGGUGAGGUGGUUUCCUGCAAAAUGCCUAGGGAGGAGACGAGACUUGCUGGCAAUGGGCAUUGGUCAGUGGUGGUGCAGUGGUGACUGGCAGGAGCCCCCAACUCCAACACCCCUGCGCAGAAGCGAGGAUGUGAAACGAAGCCAGUUUCACGACCACCCAAUAAUUGUGCCGCGUGCGGCAUCAUAUGAUGUCAGUCCCGUCACAAUCACAGGCCAUCGCGGAUCGCGGAAAGCGGGAACAUGGCAUGGCAUUGCCGCAUCGCAUGGUAUCUACGAUUCAGUCUUAGCAAACCAGGGCCAGUCGUUUUUCCUUUGUCCAACUACAUCGAGAGAACGUCGUCACAACGACCUUUCCCCCUCUUCCUAUCCGCCGCGUUUGGACCUAAAGGUGCUUAACCCUCCGGUUGCUCUGACGUUGACCAGUCGUUUGACAACAACGGGACGACGACGUGCACCUACGACAACCAAGUAUCGUGCGCCGAAGCUCUCAGGCCUGCUGAACAUUUCAUGCCCCGUCGCCCGGCUGUCACUCUGGCACGUUCACGGUUCAUCAAACCCCCAGAGCCCAAAGCGACCACGGCCCAUCAACCUGAACCCUGCAGAUUCUAUGUACUCUCUCCUCUCCGAGUCUCUACUGCGUAUAGAUACGUAUCAUUGUCCCCCGGCCUUUGCCCGACCGCAGUGGGACAUUUCACCGGCUGUUGUCCACUGUCACGUUGCUGAUCGCCACCCCGUGGUCCACCGUCCAAUUCCCGGAUGGUGGUGGCCCGAAAUCCACGGCCGAAGGGGAAGGAGGGUGACGCUGAGAGAAACAAGAGACGAGAUAUUCCGGUCGAUGGCUCUGGUUCCUUUGAGUCUGGUACGCUAUUGCCCCUGGUCGAGAUUUCCAUCGUCUGAUGAUUUCGACAAAUCCCUCCUCCUUCAUCUUGGCCCGUCCACGUCCGUGUUACUGCCUCCCCUGAACAUCGCAGCUGGUUGGGCAUUGGGUAGAAUGAGCCCAGGCUCGACAAGCGCCGUCUGGAAAGACGACUCGACGCUGGGAGGCCCGUCUUUCCUCAACUUCUCCUUCAUGUUCGGACGAUCUGCGCACACAGCCCAGCGCCGUACCAGCUACGAAACGGCACCCUCGAGCCGCCAUCAGCUUAAGUCAUGGGCAACGACACAUAUCAAUCUCGGUGGGGAGGGGCAUCCCUGGCGAACACCCAAUUCGAGCGCGCCUCGGCAUGAAAGAUCGCCUCUGAGCCACAACCUCACGAGGAGAUCCGAAUAUUUCCCAGGUAACGCCACCCGCCAUCAGCCACCCCUGUUCGGUACCACCUCGCGAACAACGGCUUGUGGCGCGGGUCCAGCUUUGCGGUACGUGGGACCAGUUCGCUUCGCUUCCUCUGGAAAUCCCGGCCCUCAAGAGUCAGCCGCUAUUAGCAUGCUUGAAUUCAGAAUUCAAGAGUGGGUCGGCAUUGUUCACGAAGAGGCGGGCACUUUACAGGCUUUUACACGACGUAUUGGCGCCUCCGCUCAACAAAAACGCCGGGCUUGCAUGGCCACUCAGCAAGCUUGCAUAAGCGUGGACCACUCAGAAGCUGUGUUGCGGUCAGCGAGUAUUAGUGCACUUAUGAUGGGCGUUGAUAAUAUCAUCAAGGCUGCCCCUCGGAUUGAGGACUUCCCCCGCUUUGAAUGCACGGGGGAAGGCAUGCGUACUCAAGCUCUGCAGCUCUGUGCGCCAAGGCUGGCGGCAGUCAUUGACUCAUUCACGGAGCAUGGCUGGUUAGCAAGACGUCGUCUUCUCUAUUUGCUGAUAUCGCGUCCUGGUUUCAUCUAUCCGUCACAUCCCGGCGCUGACAUGUCCACCUCACACCGCCCUAUCGGCCCAGUUGCAGACCUGCGUCGGCUGCCUGCCUGUCUUGAGAGCCCAUCAAAUAAUGCCGUUUGCCGCCAUGCGUAG